AUGUGCAGAUUCAUGGUAUACAAAGGCAAAGACGAGAUUCUGCUGUCUGAGCUCAUCCUGAAUCCCUCGCACUCGAUUCUCACACAGUCGUUCGACUCGCGCCUUCGGUUGGACCGUCGGCGCCCUCAUAACGGCGAUGGCUUUGGCAUUGGCUACUACACUUCGCCCUCCCUUGGCCCUGAGCCUUGCGUAUUCACAUCCACGAUCCCAGCAUGGAACUGCAUCAAUUUGUCGCGCAUCGCGUCUAAGACGACCUCCUCCCUCCUCUUCGCCCACGUCCGCGCCACAACCGAAGGCAACCUGUCCGAACAGAACUGCCACCCCUUCUCGCACAAGCGCCUUAUGUUCAUGCACAACGGCGGUAUUGGCUGCUUCAAGCAGAUCAAAAGGCGACUGGCGAUGAGCUUGAAUGAGCAGUGGUUCACACUCGUGCAGGGCUCAACAGACUCAGAAUGGGCAUUUGCUCUAUUCUUAGAUUCCCUGGACAAGGCAGGUGUAUCGCCUGACUCUGAACCAGGGCCAGGCGGGUUUGGACACUCGGUGUUGCGCAAGGCUAUACUAAAGACGAUCGAACGCAUCAAUGGCUUCAUUCGCGACGUGGUAGGGGAGGAAAACAUGGGCAACGAGGACAGCAGAAGCCUGCUGAACUUCGCAGUUACAGAUGGAGAGAGCGUCGUCUGCACGCGGUAUGUGAGCUCCACGACCGACGAAGCCGCAAGCCUGUUCUUCUCAAGCGGCACAAGCUGGAAACAGCUCAAAGGCGAGCACAGCUCAGACAGCGGGAGAUCAGAAGACGAGGACAGAAAUUAUGUCAUGGAGCGCCGUGACAAAGGCUCAGACAUCGUGCUUGUUGCCAGCGAACCGCUCACAUUUGAGCGGGACAACUGGGUCACAGUCCCCACAAACAGCACCCUCACCAUCUCCAAGCAGACGGUCAUGAUCCACCCCAUCAUCGACAACUUCUACUCGGCGAACCCUGCGCACGAACGAUCCGCCGGCUUCGCUCAGGCGAAGGGACAGACGGUCACAGGGCCAGACAAGCGCGUCUUGACAGAUGCAAAGACACCAGGCAGCGGCGCUGAGAGCCCGCACAGGAGCCUGAACGCAGAUGACCCUGUCAGCGGGGCCAUUCGGCGACUGCGGGUGGAGUAG